AUGGCCUCGGAGCGAGAUAGAGAGCCCGGGCCCCGGAGAGGAGCCCCCAGUAAUGUUCAAACCGGAAAAUGGCUCGUCAAGUCUGGCCCAGCAACCGAGCUACUCAGCCCGGAGGAAGACAGAAGGAUUCUUCGAAAGAUCGACAUUUGCCUGCUACCUCUCAUGUCCAUCUCAUACAUGUUACAAUUUCUAGACAAACAGGCCCUCUCAUUCACGUCCAUUCUAGACCUUCCAGGCGACCUUCAUCUUAGCGGUGAUGAGUUUGCUUGGGCGAGCGGCAUCUACUACUUCGGUUACAUGGUUGCUGCAUGCCCGGCCGCUAUGUUGAUGGUCCGCUGGCAUGUGGGGAAGACAAUUGCUAUCUCAAUAUGUAUAUGGGGAGUGAUCUUGACAGUAACGGCCGCUUGUGACAGUGCUGCGGGACUCCUGGUUGAGCGAUUCUUUCUCGGCGCUGCUGAAUCGGCCAUUGCCCCAGGCCUAAGCGUCAUUGUUGCCAUGUGGUACAAGCGAUCUGAGCAGCCGCUGAGACAAGCCGCAUGGUUCAUUGGAAACAGUUUUGCUGGUAUAGCCGGUGGUCUGAUUGCGUAUGGGCUUGGACAUAUUCAGAGCAUGGCACCUUGGAAAGUCGUAUUCUUACUGUUUGGUAGUUUAACGGUAGCUUGGUCUCUUGUUUUCAUCUUCCUUAUGCCUGAUACUCCUAUGCAGGCUUGGUUCAUGAACGACGAGGAUCGUCUGAAAGCUGUGACUCGCGUGAGGAUGAACAUGACAGGGAUAAAGAGCAGCGAGUUCAAGUGGAGACAGUGCACCGAAGCGUUGCUAGAUGCUAAAACCUGGUUGUUUUGCGCCAUAACCUUUCUCGGCCAGGUGCCAAAUGGUGCCCUAACCACUGUGAGUUGCCAGCUGCCUUCCUUCGUAUUGCUAAGUAACCCCAAGUUCGGCACCAUAGUCGUCAAUGGUCUAGGAUUCAGUACCUUCAACUCCCUUCUUCUUCAAGCAUCCUGCUACUUGGCUAUGCUUAUCGCCGUUCUUAUUUCCACCGGUGGCAGCUCAUAUUUCACCAAUACUAGAACUUACUGGAUGGUGUGGAACCUGUGCCUUGCCACUAUCGGCACGGCUCUGAUACGCGAGCUUCCAGCUCAUCUCAUGUGGGGUCGAUUCGCCGGCAAAUUACUCAUGACGGCCGCUGCUGCCAACUUCCCUCUAACGAUGUCCUUGUCAUCGGGUAAUGUUGCGGGCUUUACCAAGAAGAUGACGGUGAACACAGCUAUUUUGAUCAGUUUUUGUGUUGGAAAUAUUGUCGGACCCCAGUUAUUCUUUGAAAGUCAAGCACCUACCUACACCACCGGAUUCCUUGCUAUAAUGAUAUGCUACGUCGUGGGGACCAUUCUAUGUGGGGUAGCUCGCUUCUACCUGGUGUGGGAGAACCAACGUCGCGAUGGAGUAAACCCACCACUCCACGGCAACGAGGAAGUUGAUGGAGAUAUUGCUGGUAUGCUGGACAAGACAGAUAAAGAGACCCCCCAGUUUCGGUAUGUUUACUGA